CAAACCUCAAUCCAAAACGAGGCUACAAGCGCAAAAUUCAAAACAAACCUGAUGUCGUCGAGCAGGUGCCCUAUAAGAUCAUGUGAAAAGACCGAAACUGUUAAAUCAUGUUGAAAUAUUAAGAAAUUUGAAAUGCAUAGAAAAGGGUCGGAGAGAAAACGAGAAUUAUCAGCCUUAAUCUAUCUACCUGACAAAAUGGAAGAGAGGAAGGAAAAGGCUCUCAUUAAUUGGGUGAAUGCUCUGAUUCCCAAUGGUCAAGUCUCAAGAUUGUUGGACCUAGCAAAUGGACAAGUUUUUGUUAAUCUUUUGAAAUUGAGUGAGAAAUGUGAAACUGCUACCUCAGUACCAGAAUGCUACGUUAAAGUUCAAGAAUAUAUAGAGGAGCACUACUUUACGAAACUUGAACCAGGUUCCUCUGUCAUAGAUAUAUCACUGAUUGUGAAUAGUUCUUUACACAGUGAUUCCCUCCUCGUAGAAUGGGAGCUAGCAAAGGUUUUGUAUGCUUUACUUGGGGCAUUUGUACAAGACAAGAUGAAACAGACUUUUAUUGAUGCUGCCCUGACCUUGUCUCAGGAGGAACAAAUGGACAUUAUGCAACUCCUUGAACCUAUGGUCACUUCUCAAGAUCUGACCAAUCGUCUCCCAGCAGACUUUGCAGAUAUCUUAAAAAGGAAGAGAGAACUAGAGUCAACUUUUCACAAAGAUGCUGAUCUUUUCUUCAAACUAGUUACCCAGGGCAAAGGCAUAGUAACAUCAACGCCGACGGUUGACCAAUCUUUCAACUUCCCAACCGUUUUUAAUGGGACACCUCUGACACCAGUUCCUUCCCUGAUGGCUGGCUCAGCAAGGGCUACUGGUCCUCAUGAAAUUAGCUCCCCAAUGAGGAUGUUAACUCUGGCUUCUCCUGGCCCCGUCACUCCUUUGUCAGCUCUCAUGCAGUCACCUCAGGUGGCUCAGAAGAUGUUAUUAAGACAGAAGGAGAAAGAAAUUCGGAAGCUGGAGAUUGUUGUGGCAAGUGAGAGACAUUUCAGAGAUAAUCUGGAGCUGGACCUAAAGGAGAAGUGUGAACUGCUCGGUCAGAAAGAACUGAAAGUCCAAGAGCUGGAGACAGCACUGAAAGGACAGAGAAAUAUUGCAGAUGUAUGUGAUGAACUGGAACUAGUAAAGCAGGAGCGCGACCAUCUACAGAAGGAGAUCAGCAGUGCACAACUGAGAUGCAGUGGGUUACAAGACAUUAAGGAUCACUGCAAAUAUCUGGAGAGAGAGAACAAUGAGAAAAUCACAGAAACAAAAUCAUUGGCAGCUCAGCUGUUGGCCUUGGAGUCUUUAAAGGAGAGUCACAAGGAAUACCGUAACAAGUGUCGCCAUCAGACACUGCAGAUAGCCGAGAUGGAGUCUCUACUUGAGCAUUGCAAAACUGAGUCUAAACAGACUAAGCAAAAAGUGCACGAGUUAGAGGAAUCUCGAGUGUCUUUACGACAACAGUUGGACGAAAUAAAGGCAGAGAAAGCAGAGAUGGAGGAAAUGAUGGCUUUCACAGCCAUAGACUGCCACAAUAAAAACGGAGAAAGUAUGGGGAUGAUCAUGGAGACACGUAUCAAGGAGCUGGAGGAGCAACUGGGUCAGCUGAGGGAAACGUGGACAGACCCAGAGUCGUCCAAACACCUGGAGAUGGAACUAGCCAAUAACGAAGAAUCAAAGAGGAUAUUUGAGACCAAGUUUAUGGAGACCCAUCAAAGUCUGUUGAAGAAAGAUGGUGAAAUUGAGCAGGUACAACAGGCUCUGACCUCCAGUGAAGAAAAUAUGGAGAAACUAAAGAUUAAUCUGUCAGAAAUGACCACAAAACUAACUGCACUUCAGACUGAGAGUUUGACUCUGAGAUCCAAUGAAUCUGAGCUGUCGACCCUUCUACAGACAGUCAGUACAGAGAAACAGGUGGUGGAGGAGGAGGUCGUUGAUCUGCAGACACAACUCUCGCAUGCUAAAACAGAGAUUAAAUUAUUGACCAUGGAGGCUGAGGGACAGAAACAGGCCAUAGUGGUGCGUCGACAGACAAUGGCUGCAUCUGUGGACCUUGCCAAAUCUGAGCAGAAAUCUAUUGAGCAAAAGCUGAUUCAAGAGCAAGCGUCAUGGGAGGAGAAAUUCGACUGUCUUCAAACACAACUGGGUCAGCAGAAGGAGGAGGCAACAAAGGUUCAAGGUGACCUCAAAGCCAAACUGAAAGCCAGUCAGAGCAGCCUCAAACAACUGGAGAUACGCAUGGAAAAUGAAAUGUGGGUCAAAGACAAUUGCAUAAAAUGUCUAAAGGAGGAGAUGACCAGCCUGAAGGAAGAGAUCUGUGAGACAGAAAUGAGGCUGCGGGAGGAAGUCAAUAUUUUAAAGGAGAACAAGGUCACAUUAGAAGGUCAGCUUAACCUGAAAAAGGCAAUUCAUCAGAGUGAAGUUGAACAGCUAAAGAUUGAAAUAACCAAUACCAAAGAGAGAGCAAGAUCAGAAGAAGACGGAUUGAAGGAUGUCAUAGCAGAACUCCAAGACAAGUCUGGAGAGUAUAAGGUUGAGUUAGAUAGAAACAGGAUUGAGUGUGACAGUAAGGUUCAGGGACUGGAAGCUAGUGCAGAGAGACAACAAGCCAAAUGGUCGGAGAGAGAGACUGGAUUGAAGGAACAGAUAGCACAGCAGGAAGAGCUUUGUACAGGUCUCACCCAGUCGCUUCAGGAGAUGGAGGCUGAGGUUACAACCUUGAAGGAGGACUUAAGUCAAGAGGCGUCAACCAGAUCAGACCUUGAACGGAAUCUGAAGGGCAUAGAGAAAGAACUAGGAAAGGAAAAACAACUAAGUUGCACACUGAAAAAAGACAUAGAGGCUCAGCAGACUGUGAUUUCUGACCUGAAGAACUCUUUGUCACUGGCUACAAGUGAACUGUCUCAUCUUACAGAGUGCUUAGAUGAACAACAUAUGCAGAUUUCAAAAGUGUCCGAGACCAAGGUGUGUUUAGAACAAAAGUUGAAAAACAGUGAAACAGAGUUUACAAAAAGUCAACAGGCAAAUGCUGAUAAGGUGCUUUGUCUCAAUGAAGAGUUAGAAAAGUUUCGUUCAGAGUCAACAGAGAAGGAAACGACACUGACCAAGGACCUUGCUAAGUCCCGAAAGGAGUGUGAGGGUGUACAUAAACAACUUGACCAGCUCAAGGAACAGUUCCAGGUCAGUGUCCAUAAGGGUUCAAGUCUGGACAGCCGACUUGAUGACCUGACACGACAGAUCCAGACCAGAAACGAUGAGAACGAGGCUCUUACGAGAGAGGUGUCCCAUCUACAGGAACAGGUGGAUGAGCUCACUGGUCAAGUGGUGCUUGUCACAAAGGUGGCUGAGACAAAACAAGUUAGUAACGACCAGUUGACACAGGAAAACGGAAAACUGUCGGACGAGGUGCAACAACUGUCGGCCAGGAUUGACCAAAUAGUGACAGAGCAUGUAUCAAGCUCUCAGGAAAAGUCAGACGCAAUCUCAUCUUUAGAGGCCUCUCUCACAGCAAAGGACAAUGCUGUUUCAAAUCUGAAAAACGACAAUGCUGAACUUAAAUCCCAAUCUUCAGAAUUCACACAAAAAGUCAGUGAGCUAGAAAUGGUGGUAAGUGACAAAGACUCGGAAAUCUCAUCUUUGAGUGAAUGUAUUUCAGAACGUGAUGUUGUGAUUUCAAAUCUGACGGGAGAUAAACAAGAUCUGAUUUUACAAGUUGCUGGACUUGAAACAGAAAAAGAUACACUCCAGAAACUUUGUGAUGUGAACUGUGAACAGGUUUCCUGUCUUGACAAACAGCUGUGUGAUCUGAACAUCAAAACACAAUCGCAGCAGGAAAUGCUGAAUGUCAGAAGUGAUGAGAUCUCCUCACUUGAAUUACUUGUGUUACACCAUACACAGGAAAAGGAAUCAAUUAAAAAACAGAAUGAUGUCAACCAUGAUGAGAUCUGUUCUCUGAACAAACAAUUGGCAGAAAAAACUCAAGACAUUGACAAAUUACAAAUAAAAUGUGAACAGCUAACAUCCGAAUCUCAAAUCAAACGGUGUGAACUGGACAAAGCAUUGGAGGACAAUGGUGUUUUGACAGAAAAGUUAGAGAGUGUGUCUACAAAGCACCAAACUUCAAUCCGUGAGCUCAACUCUGAACUGGAAAAGGCAUUAAGUGACAAGGACACUUUAAAUGAAAAGUUUGCAUCUGUGACGACCAAGUAUGAAACUUCAAUUGGUAAGCUCAGGUCUGAGCAGGAGAAAGCAUCAAGUGACAGUGACGUUUGGGCCGAGAAGAUGAAUGUAGCAACUGGGAAGUAUGAGACUUCGAUCAGUGAGUUGAGAUCAGAAUUGGAUAAGGCGUUGAGUGACAAUGAUUCUUUGACUGAAAAGUUGGCAUCUGUAACGACCAAGUAUGAAACUUCAAUUGGUGAGCUCAGAUCGGAGCAGGAGAAAGCAUCAAGUGACAGUGACGUUUGGGCCGAGAAGAUGAAUGUAGCAACUGGAAAGUAUGAGACUUCGAUCAGUGAGUUGAGAUCAGAAUUGAACAAGGCGUUGAGUGACAAUGAUUCUUUGACUGAAAAGUUGGUAUCUUUGACGACAAAGUAUGAAACUAUAAUCAGUGAGCUCAGGUCGGAGCAGGAGAAAGCAUCAAGUGACAGUGAGGUUUUGGCCGAAAAGUUGGUGUCUGUGACAGCAAAGUAUGAAAAAUCAGUCAGUGAGUUAAGAUGUAAAUUGGAAAAGGCAUCGAGUGAAAAAGAUGUUUUGGCUGCGAAUUUGGAGUCUACAACAGCUCAGUACCAGAUCUCAAUCGCUGAGAUGAAAGAUCAAAUGAAAUCUGAUUGUAAUGCUUUUGUCAAAAGUCAUGAAGACAAAAUGCGAGAUUUUGUCAAAGAAAUGACAUCAACAAACCAGGAGCUAAAGCAAGCUGGUGAGAAACGGCGUUCCCUCGAACAGACAAUACUGGAGCUGAAUCAGAGACUGACCAUCCAGCUGGACAACAAGGACAGGGUUAUCCUGGAGGCAAAGGUGGCACAAGUUGAGUCUGAACUAAAUCAGAAAUCACAGAUACUUGAGCAGGUUCGUACCAGCUGUCACCAGACAAUGGAGGAAAGUGAACAGUACUGGCGCUCACAGUUAGCACAGCUGGAGAAUGAAUACCAUAAAGCAACAGAAGAGCAGACACAACAGUACCGCGACCAGCUCACAAGUCAGGAGCAGAGCUUCCAAACUCGCUGUCAGGCCCUUGUACAAGAAAAGGAGAUGAUUGCAGUCAGUCAGAAAGCAGCACUCCAAGAUCGGAUAGCACACAUGGAGAAAAAAUUAGAAAAAAAACAAACUGAAAUAGAAAAUCUGGAAAAGAAACAUAAAACAGAAAGCAGUGCAAUUUCGGAAAAGCUGAAAUCCAACAAUCAGGUUCAAAUUGAUAAAAUACAGGAUCUAUUGACAUCAGAGACAGAGAGCCAAAAGGAACUGGCAAAUAAACUGCACAGUCAGCAGGCUAGGUGUGAUGAACUGGAAAAAGCACUGAGAGAAAGGAAACAGAGUUAUGACAUCAGUAUGGCAAAUCAGACUGAAAAUCAUAAUGAAGAACAGAACAAUCUGCGGCUUGAGUUCAAGACAAAGUUAUCAGAACUUCAGAUGGAGAGUAGACAACUGCUGGAGCAAGAGCAAAGUCGGACAGUGGCAGCCAAUGGUCAGUGUACUGAACUCCACAACAAGCUGGACGAGGCAACAAAGGAAAUCACCAGCUACAGAAGACAGAUUGAAAACAUGAAGGAAAAUGCUGAGCUGUCUCUGCAACAGUGGCAGUUGAAGGUUGCUGAGGUGAAAGGUACCAGGGAAGCUGAGGAGGCUGAGCUCCGUACAGAACUCUCCAGAAUUCAGGAUCAGUGCUCUGAUGCCAAUGCUGAGAAAAGCCAGUUGAAUGAUAAAAUCAGAGAGCUGGAGGAUAAAGAAUCCAAAUUACAACAGACAAUAGACAACUACCGAGUCCAUUACAACAAGAAGAAGGAGGUGAUUGACCUUCUCAAGAAAGAAGUAGAAGUCAACUUGAAGGUCGGCAAAGAGUUCCAGACUAAAUCUAUCGACCUUUCUCAGGAGGUGAAAAAACUCAAGGCCCUUCUUCAAACAGAAAAGACCCAGCAGCACGGGCUCCAGGAUAAACUAGACAAGGAGAAGGUCAACAACAAGACACUGAGCAUACAGAUGGUAGAGUUGAAGGCAGAGCUGAAGGCGACAAAGAAGCAAGUAGAGACCUUACGUACCCAGCUGGAGAUCACAGGCACCCAUUACAUAGGCGACAACAGUGACUUUGUACAAACCUGUCUAAACCAUAAAGAUGACGACACACUUAGUGAACGACGAAGUAGUUCUUCCCCUGAAAUGGCACCCAGGAGACGAUCAUCGCGGAAUCGCCUGACAAGCAUGGAUCAGAGCAUGAUUAGCACAGACUCUGGUCGCUCUGUUGCCUCUCUUCCAAGGGGUACAGCCAAAUUAUUUGCAAUGGAGGAUGAGCCUGCUGACCUUGAAUGGAAGAGAUUCAGUGAGCUUCAGCGGCGCAACACACUCAUGCUGCCUCACAUGCGGUCCACCUACCCUGUGGAAAUGCAGCAGUAUGCAGAGAACUCUGUCAGGGAAAGUCUGGCCUUCACCAACAGUGGUACGCAGGGCAGUGGGCGAAAGAGAAAGCAGGAGAGUUCCAGUGAUGAAGGAGAAUCAUCAAAACAGCAAUCAAGACACAGCACUGUGUACCACAAGCCUGGUCCUCCUACCCCAGGAAACUCAAAUAACUUGCGUCGAAACUCCAAGGGCACACCUCGCUACAACCUCCGCUCAUCACCCAGAACCCCCAUUGGCAACUCAAGAUCAAAACGAACACCAAAGCGGUCUGUCAAUGAUGAAAAUGUGCCCUCCUCUUUGAGAAAGUCUGCAAAGAAAUGGUUAAGUAAUGCUGCAUUCACCAUAGUCAAUACGCCCAAUAAGAAAUUUCGUGGACACACGGGAUCGGUAUCGUCAGCAACGAAGAGCGCCUCCAAGCUACAGCAUUAUUUUACAUGGGAUCUCGAAAGCCCCUAGGAAACAAGAAUUUUUUACAAACUGGAGUUUAAGCUAGUGUAUGGAUUCGGUUGUGAUUGUGAUCUACACAAACUAUUAGUGUUAACAGACUGGAGUUAAACCUAGUGUAUGGACACAGUUGUGAUUUCAACAAACAUUUGGCUGGCUAAUAUAGCAUAAAGCUAGUAUAUGGACAAUGUUUGUGACUUUACAGUAAACAUACUUUUUUAUUUAUUUUCGGAAUGCAAUAUAUUAAAAUAUGAAAUGAUACA